CAUCAGGGGGGUAGCCAGCACACGCGCUGAGCCCUCGCUGCCACGUAACGAUCUGGACAUGGCGCCUCAAGCUCCUCCGCCUCCUCCGCCGCCGCCUCCACCGCCUCCGCCGCCGCCUCGGCCUCCUCCGCAGCCCCCCCUGAGCAGCGUCAUGUCGGGGUGGGGGCUGGUGGGCGGCCAGCCCAAGAUGAACGCAGUGUACAGGCUCAUCCGGAAGAAGGAGCUGCAGAGCCACUACCACUUCCGUCACACCGUGGGUCAGGAGCCGCAACCACAGCAGAAGCAGAAGCAGCUGUCAAUGAAGGGAGUGCAGGGUGAGAAGCAAUCAGGUGGCACUGCAGCAUCCGACGCUGGCCGCCUUGGGUCAGGAGGCGACCCCGGUGUCAAUCGAUACGUCGGCACAGACCAGCAGGACACUCGACGCCAUGUGGGUGCUGCGAGCCAUGGUAGCGGUAGCGCCGGUAUCAGCAGUUCCAGGACCACCAGGGCCGGAGCAAGCCGCCGUCAACAACGCGGAGAUGCCCGCAGUCAGGACCCGGACCAGCGCUCACAGCUGCAGGUGGCUGUCAUGACAACUGGUGCGACUCGAGCUGCUGCUGCUGCUGCUGCUGCAUCUGUUAGCGUUGGGGGCGCAGCUGCCGAUGCCGCCGCCUGGCGGGCCACUGGCCACCCCGCAGUGGACCGGGUGGUGCGCAUCCGCCAGAUCAACAUGCAGCUGCGCCGCCGCUUGAGCUACCAGCCGCAGGCAGGUGGAGGGAGAGGUGGCGCAGAGGAGGAAAAUGGCGAGGGCGAGGGCGGUGAUGACGGGCCCAUACGCGUGACACUGGCGGCGGCUUACCCAGAAGCGGCGGCGCCAGGUAGCAGCAGCCGGAUCACCACCGGUAGCGGCAGAGGCACCGCCAGCGUCCUGGUCAGCGAUGGCGGUGUUGGCGAUGGCGGUGACGGCAGCAGCGGCAGCAGUGGGCUGCUGCGGGAGGCGCUCAUGUCCGACCUGUCCCGCAUGAACCCCGUGUACAGGAUGAUCCGCAAGCUGGAGCUGCAGCAGCAACGCCGACCCGCCAGGCAGCCGUCCGCCAGUGCGCCCGGAAGUGCCAAUGCUGCGUCCAGCGACGCCAGGGGCGGCAGCACUGGCGUGGCCAGCCCGGCGGCGGACCCCUGGGCCUCACACGACUUUGAGGAUGUGCUGCUGGGCGGCCUCAUGCCUGCUACGGCUGCACCCCCGCCCCUGCCAGUCAGCCACCGGGACUUGGGUGUGGACCUGGACCCGGGCCUGGCUUGUGGUGAUGGCGGCGGUGGCGCAGCAGGCGAUGUGCUGCUGAAACUGGACAGCGGCAGCAACCAGCAGCUCGACCCCGACGUUCGCGGCGGGAGCAGCAUCCACGGCAGCUGGGACACGGGCGACGCCAGCAGCUAUGUGCUUGCCAGCGAAUGUGACAGCCGCGCGGGUGGUGGCCUGAACCCGGUGCUGCGCCUCAUCCGCAAAAAGCAGUUGCAGAGACGGCUGAGGCUGAGGGGCACACUGGCGGCAGAGGCUGCGCCUGCAGACAUGCCGUCAGCGGCUCAGGAGCACUGGGCGACUGCCGUUGGCUUGCCAGCUGAGUCCCGGCGCCAGGUGGAGGUCGACAGCGACUGGGGCAGUAGGCUGGAGAUUGGGCCGCAGGACGCCGUGGGGGGAAGAGCCAUGUUCAAUCCCGUGUACCGGCUGAUCCGUAAGAAGCAGCUCAUUCGCAAGCGCGCCAGUCGUUCGGCGCUUGCGGAUGCUGCCUCUGCAUCCCUUGCACCGUCGGGGGAUAUGGCACCAGCCCCGUGGCCAUCAGUGCUGCCGCCGGCAAAUGCGCCAAUGCCGCAGUGGGGCUCCAGCCCUGGCGCUUUCUUUGACCUCAUGCUGCCACUUGACCCCGGGGGCGCAAACGGAAGGCCGCUGGGCACCUCAGCCCUUCACCAGGGCAACGGCGGUCGUGGCGGCAGCUGGUUGGGGCCGGCCGGUGCCGGUGCCAGUGCGGACCUGGAUUUGCAGCUGCAGCUAGACCCCAUGGUGAACGCGCUGGACCCCAUGGCAGCCUCAGCAGCCGGUUCCAGGGAUGGCCCGCCGAGUCAACUGGAGUUGCCCCAGCCCGCCAGUGUCGUUGAGCUCAGCCCCUGGGCAGGCAGAGCAGCUGGCGGCUGGGACAGCCAAGCCCCCGCGCCGCCGCCGCGACAGGCGCCUCUGACUGCCGGGCGGCCGGGCGGAAUGCGCCGUGUGAGUGAGGCGCUUGCUGACCUGAUGGUGGGUGAGCGGGCGCCCAUGAACCACGUGUACCGCCUCAUUCGCAAGAAGGAGCUACAACUGCAGAUGAGGAAGAGGAGCGCGCAGGGGCAGGAGCAGGCGAGCAGCGCGGGACUUCAGUGGGAGCAGUCAGACAUGGGUCAGCUGGCUGUGACGUCACAGACAGCUCCGGGCCGUUGCCCGGUGGAAACCCCGCCUGGCACGAACUUGCGUUUUGUGGACCACCGCCGCGGCAAGCGUCAGUCCAGCACGACCUCCGAUAUCGAUGCAGCUGUAGCAGCACCACCCAUGGUGGGGCUGCCCGAGAGCCGACGGCAGCGGAUAACGGAACUCAAGGAGCGCCUUCGCGCCAAGCUCCUAUUGGAGGGGCCUCCCUCCUCUGCAAGCACUGGGCUCAACACGGGCAGUGCGCUUACAUGGAACCCGCCCGCGCAACAGCCCGCCGGGCCAGCAGCCGCAAGCACUGGCGGCAUGCUCGGCUCCUCCGCACACCUGUCGGGCAUCCCCCGUCUGCUCACUCCCGGUGGGCUCAACACGGCGGCGGCAGAGCAGAUGCGCGCAGUCCGCAGCAGGCUGCUAUCGGCAGGCGGCCAUCGCGGUGGCGCGGGUGCGGGCGAGCCGGGGCUGGCUCGCUUCCUGGAGGAGGCAGAUGAGGAGGCCGAGCUGUGGAGGCGGGAGCGCAGCAACGGCAGUAGCAGCGGCGGCAAGUCUCGUGCAUCAUCCUCCAGCACCCCUAGCGGGGACCCUACCAUGCAGGGAGCCCCGCGCCCUUGGACGCCUGUGUCACUGCCCCAGACCAAGCCACCUCCACGCUUCAGCGGCAUCUCCCAGCUGUGGCAGGCGGUGGGGCUGCAGGUGGGCCACCAACCGCGGCCGCGACAGCCGCGCUCCCUUGAGCAGCUGCUGCAGGCGGAAGGAGUGCCAUCCAGCGUGGCUUCCCGUGUGGCCGGCUCGGCAGUGGUGGCGAGCCGCGAGUGGGCGCCGAGUGAGGUGCUGGCUCGGCUGCAGGGCCUUACGCAGCUGCUGGCCUCACCGGCGCCCCCCCCUGCACCCGAGCAGCGGCUGGCAUUCGCGCGCACGGCUGCGGCCGUGGCCAAGCAGCCCACCCUGCUGUCGCGGGACGUGGGCGGCCUGGAGUCCAACUUAGCGGCGCUGGCGGAAGUGCUAAGGCUAGAUAGGUCGGCCGCUCAGGCCCUGGCGCUGGUAUGGCCAUCGCUACUGGAGCUGCGAGGGCAGUCAUUGCGGGGGCGGCUGCAGGCCCUGGCAGCGGAGCUGGGGCCGUCACCACCGCACCAGCAACAGCAACCGGCAGCCGGCGCCAGUGCUCCGGGGCUGGCCUCUGACGUGGACCUGGACGUAGCCGCUGAUGUGGCGCGCCGCUACCCGCCCGCCCUUUCACUGGCGCCCGCGGCAGUGGCUGCCCGUGUGGAGGCCCUAGCAGCAGCCAUCAGCGCCACCGCUGCAGCGGUCGCCAGGCUGCAGAUUGAUCUCACGCUGGAGCCUUCACUGGACCAGGAUCAGGGUCCUGACGUGAACAACAACGGCGGCACAACAACCACACCCUCGCCGUACGCUCCAUUGGGCCGCCGCCGCGCAGUCGACCUGCUGGUGGCGCAUCCUGGCCUGUUGGGCCUAAGUCCGAAUGCACUGGCGUCCCGCUGGCAGGAGCUGGCAGCGGCGGUCCUGUCUGAUGCCCCAGCCCUCGGCGCAACAGUUGAGCGAGGAGCUGCAGGAUCUGCGGCCGCAGCUGUGCAUGAGCAGCGGCUGAUGUGGCGGCAGCAGCUGUUUGGAUGCCCUGCGGCGGCAGUAGCACGCUGCCUGGCUGCCUCCGAGUCCAGGCUGCAGCGCCUGGGCCGUGUGGCCGCGCACUUCGCAGCUGUAGCUUCAAGGGCAAGCGCACAGGAGGCAAAGCCAGGGCUGGAGCUGGACGAGCGCGAGGUCGGGAAGGGGUCUGCCGCCGCCAGUCUUAAGCCCAAACGAGGACGUGGCCGACCCUGGGCUGGCGAGCGGUUGGGGCCGCUGUCGUUGGCAACAGUCAUAGCCAUGAGUGAGGAGCGGUUCAAGCAGCGGUUUACGGAGGGCGCCCACGUUGGCAAGAGUGCUACAGGUUAAACUGGCAUUUAGAGACCCGCUACCAAGCUGUGCA